CUUGGCAGAACAACAUUUCACAUCGUAGUGAUUUGAAUGUAACCGGAAGAUUAUUUGAAAUUACCAGAAAUCGUGCUCAAGAAAAUAUUCUUCAAUUAGUUCCACACAAUAUAGGCCCAAUUGAAAAGGCAGCCAAGCAU